GGGAGGCCUCCAGCGGAGGAUGUGGGGGGCCUGGGGCCUCCGGGGGCCAGCAGGCGCACCUGGAGGGGGCUGGCGGGGAACCUGGAGGGGGCUGGCAGGGAGGCUUCGGGAAGGGGACCAAGGGACAGAACACGGGCCAGCCCUCUGCUGCCUGGGGACUUCUGCGGGGGCUUCAGGGGGGAUGUUUUCCCUGGGGUCAGUCAGAUUGGGGCUGAUAAACACUGCGUGCCAGACCCUGGUUGGUGGGGGAAGGGGGAGACAGAGGGCCCAGGACAGUAGAGACGGCUCGGUGAAAGCCCCAGCUUUCCAAACCACAGAGCAGGGACAGAAAUAUGCGAAGCAUGCGACUUUCUUCAGAAGGCGCUGGCCCUGGGUCCUCCAACCCCCUGGACCGACUUCAGAGAAAUUACCAGCCUUCCCACAAGCAUUCUGCUGGGAACCUCGUUUUUCUUCUUUCAGACAAAAAGCAGAUCUGCUGACAGAUUAGGGAACAGGGGGCUGGGGUGAGGGGGCGGUUACCCGGGAGCAUAAGCCUAUCGGUGAAGCAUUAAAUCACCAGUUAAUGAGGUGCUGCUAUUCGUCAGUGAUGGGACCGGGAGGACACGUCCGGGAGAAACCUCUGGAACGCUGGGAAGGGCUUCGAGGCCUGGCUCCUCCCCUGGCUCCCGAGGAGCCGUCCGAGCUGUGGGAAGGCUUCCUUUGGCAGUGGUUCUCAGCUGAUCCCCUUGAAGCGGGUGCUGUUAUUAUCCUCGUCGCAUAGCUGGGGAAACCGAGGCACGGAGCAGCGUAUCCGAGGUCACGUUCUCGUGAGUAAUCGAGAGAGGACCAGGGUGCAGUCGACUGAGAGCCGGGACCCAGAGCUCACACGCGCGUCUCCCACCUCUCACGAGAUGCAGACGCUGCUUCCUGCUCCCCCAAGGAGCCCGGGCCACGGAAGAGGACAUCAGCCAGGUACCCUCUCCAAGAAACACAUCCGCGUACAUCUGAACACAGGAAGUAAGGGGCGAGUGUCCCUGGGGGCCAGCCCAUCCUUUUGGAGGAACCGAGUCCUCAGUCCCGGCGGGGCAGGAAGGGGCCGCCCUUCUCGCGGGCCUCUCGGGUCCUGGCCGGACAGCGGUGGCCAGCUAGAAGAAGUUGACGACCCUGCGGAGGGACUGGAUGCGCCCGCUCGGGGCCUCCCAGUCGGAGAAGCUGCGGAAGUCGCCCCGCUCCACCAGGUACAUGCGCCCGCGGUAGUUGGGCUCCUCGUACAGGACCCACCUAGGGCCAGGGCGGGCGUGGGGUCAGGGGACGGGUGCCGAGCCGUGGAGGGCCACCCGCAGGCCAGCUUCCCCUUCCUUCCCCGCACCAGCCCGGCAGCUCCCCCUCCCGACCCAAGGCCCUCUGCUCACCCUGGGGAACAGCGGUGGCCCCCAGCCCUGCUCUUGGCUUAUUUCCUCCCCCUUGGCCCACUGUCUUGUCCUUGUUCUGUGUGCUGGGGUCAGUGCUGGGGUCAGUGCUGGGGUCAGUGCUGGGGUCAGUGCUGGGGGUGACGUAUGCACUGGGGUUGCUCGAUAAAGACAUUUUAAACUAACCCGUCUGCCAGGGCCGGGGCGAUUCCAGGAUGCACACACAUACACACACACACACGCACGUGCGCACACGCCCACGCAUGCACACACGCACACAAUGCACGCACACACACACGCUCAUGCACACACACACGUGCACAUACACCCCAC